CUCCUAAGCCCUAAGCAGCAACUAGGGUCGUUCUUCGUUAUAUCCAUCUUGAUAAAUUAUUUACUACUAUUAUUUAACUAGUACUAACUAUAAUAACCCUCACUAUGUACUGUCCCUUUGCCGUAUGAUGCUGGCAUUGCCCAUAUUUCCUCUCUUAAUAUCCGACCUUCCGAGAAUCGACCCGCAAAGUAUCGUGCAGAACCCCGUUUAGAUUUCGCCCAUGGAAGGUUAUAAGCAAUAAUUUAGAGAAAAUAAUAACAUCCAUGGUCGGAUUCUUUGUCCCCACCAUGGCGCGCUCAUGUGGAGCUUUUUUCAGGAACAGCCGGUCACUUGGUCAAGGAGUAAACUUUGGAUGAAGCCGGAUUCGUGCCGCCCACGGAGCAUCAGAUGAACAUCAUGAAAGAAACAACAAACGGAGAGGUACUUUUGAUGCUGAGUAUGGCGAUUUCUUUAGGGAGUUUUGCUCUCUGUUGUCCUACUUCUCUUGUUCACCUCGGGAACAGAAAGCGAUCGCAUUCCCGCUGGCGGUUGCAGGCAUGGAAGAUCGAAUGUUCUCGCCCCGGAUCGGCCCCUGAACCGAACAGAGUUCUCAGGCCCUCGGACCAUCAACAUCGGCGCCAAAGUAGAAUUGCGCGUGGCGCCAACAGGUGCAACAGCAUUGGAGAUGAAAGGUGGAGAAAGACGGAGAGAUGGUCUGUAAAGAUAUCUCCUGCCCGUUUGUAGUUAGAUGCUUCUGGUUCAGGGAAGAACUGAGGUUCAAACACCAUACCAAAUGCGCCAGAAAAGCACUCAUGCCCCCCUGAGCAUGGCCGUUGCAGUUCUGUUGGUGAUCCACUGUGAUCAAUGGCCUGUAUCCUUGACCCCAGGUGCUCGGUGGACUAACUGACCCUGGUCGUAGACUAAGAACAAGAAUAACCUGAACCACCGGGGCAUCCUGGUGCGACUUGCACGACUUUGGCCAGGAACUCCGCCACUAUUGGCCUGGAACCAAAUAAGUCAUUGUGAGCCAAGGCGACCAGGCUGAGCGUAUAUUAUCAGACGCCGGCCCCG